AAACAAGCAAGAAGACAGAAUUAUUUACAGUUUGCUCUUACGCAUACCACAACAAAAAACGUGUUCUUAUUUCUACCCCACACAUAUUUAAGCUUCCAACUCAAUGACACUCAACAAAAAGGCCAUUCAUUUGAAUAAACAUUUGAGUUUUUUUUUUUCUCUUCUAAUUAUUUCAUAAUUUUUCUAGUAUUUAUUUCCUGUCCUGUUCUCCAGGGUUUCACUAUACAGGCCGUUCUUCUUUGCUGUCUGUCUUUUUAACCAAAAAAAAAAAAAAAACAUUUGUUGCUGCUAGAUGUUUCAGACCCUUUUCUUGAAUUGAAGGUCAUGUCUAAUUUGUACAAUCAGAACUUGAAUUUCUCACCUGCAAGAGCUGUUUCUCCUCAUAUAAGGACCAACCUAGAUGUUGAAAGUCAGUACUUGACAGAGCUGUUAGCAGAAAGACAGAAGCUUGGACCCUUUACGCAAGUUCUUCCAAUAUGUAACCGACUCUUGAAUCAAGAAAUAUUAAGGGUUUCUGGUACGAUCCCCAAUCAAGGACUUAGUGACUAUGACAGACUACAGCGUGGCAGCGCUAGUCCUAUGGCUUCCUUUGACAUGAUGCAAGAUAUUGGAGGAAAACCCUUAGGUGGCUGGACUGGGAAUGGAUGGAACAACUCUCAAGAGCAAAGGCUAGGUGGACGACAGGGAAUGCCCAUUGACUGGCAAGCAACACCAGGAAGUCCAAGUUCAUUUGUUGUGAAGAGGGUUUUGCGGUUAGACAUACCCGUUGAAAGAUAUCCAAAUUUCAACUUUGUUGGGCGGCUUUUGGGACCUAGAGGCAAUUCUCUGAAACGGGUGGAAGUUUCCACUGGAUGUCGUGUAUUUAUAAGAGGAAAGGGUUCAAUUAAAGACCCUGACAAGGAGGAAAGUCUAAGGGGACGACCAGGUUACGAACACCUCAAUGAGCCAUUGCAUGUUUUACUUGACGCAGAAUUACCCAUCAACAUCGUUGAUACACAACUGAAACAAGCAAGGGAAAUUAUUGAAGAAUUACUAAAACCUGUGGAUGAAUCGCAAGACAUAUAUAAAAGGCAACAGCUUAGGGAACUUGCUUUGCUGAAUAACAAUUUCAGAGAAGAGAGUCCCCAACCAAGGGGCAGUCUAUCUCCUUUUAGCUCAAGUGGGAUGAAGCGUGCGAAAACUGGUUGGUGACAGAUGCCAAGGCUUUUUUUCCAGACUUGAGGUGCAUUCAUAUAGCUGCAUGACAAAUUCCUGACUUGAGGAUGCAUAUGGUACUAUUGCACCUGAAGACAAGUGUGGCUUUGUGGACUUUGGCUGUGGUAAAAAAAUAGGAUGUUGCAGAACAAAAACAGCAUAUGGGCCGAUAACCUCUUACUCAUUUGGUGACUCUAGUUUUUUUGUUUUUUGUUAUUAGAGUAGUAUUAUUAUUUGAUUUAUUUGUUAUUGACUUACUGUUGAUAAGUGUGGUUUUGUUAUCCUUUUUCCGUUGCUUGUCUUAAGUGUAAUUCAUUACAUCCUAUGUCUAAAUAUAUAAUUUGGUUUA